GCUCCUUCACUCCGGAGUCUUUCGCCUGCAUUGGUGUGUCCAUCAUUUCCCAGUCGCAAUAGCUUCACUUCACGUGCAUACGCGCUUUACCAUCAAGGUCUCGUGGAACUUCGAUUGCAAAUAUGUCUUUGCCAGAUGCCAUUGAUGGCGGGAAGCCGAGCAACCCAGACCGCCCAACAACCUGGAUCAGUCCUAUGAACAGAAAACUCUAUGACAGCAGUGUCACCUUUGAAGAGUACCUCCAUUAUGCGAAACGCACACGGGCUGAAGAGGAGGCAGAGCAGCACAUCCCCCAAGGAGGCAUUCUACAACAAGUGUUCCGCAGGUCGUCGGUUACUUCCGAGGCACCUGGAACAUUUCACCACACUGGUGUGAGCCCUGAAGAAGGAAGUCCAGGGGAAAAGACCGAGAAAGAGGCUGCCGCAGCGCCAGACGCCGACAAGGACGGCAACCAACCACGUCGAAGGAGUAUUUUGUCAAGACAUUCCCUGAUUACCGAACAAGAGUGGCGUAAUGCUGCACGGGCUUUGCGCACAGCGACCUGGGGUGCUGGCUUUUACUUGAUCACGACAGACAUCUUGGGUCCAUACGGUGUCGGAUUUGCUCUCGGAACCCUGGGAUGGGGACCUGGUAUAGCUCUCUACACCGUCUUUGCCUUCAUGGCCGGUUAUUCCGGCUAUCUUCUCUGGCAGGUUUACUUGGGCCUUGACUCGUACGAGUUUCCGCUGCGCAACUAUGGUGACCUUGCGUACCGUACCAUGGGCAAUGGCGCUCGAUAUGUCGUCAAUUUCCUGCAGUCGGUCCAAUUGCUUCUAAUCUGUGGCCAGGUCAUCAUUCAGAAUGGUCAGGGUAUCUCACAGACGUCCAGAUUCCGACUGUGCUACGCCGUGUGCAUCAUUAUCUUUGUCAUUGCAGGUUUCCUCAUGGGUCAAGUCCGAACCCUACGAAACUUUGGCAUCUUUUCCAUGAUUGCCGUCGGCUUCAACCUCAUGGUCAUCUUCAUCUCAAUGGGUGUGAUGGCACAUUCGCCACCCAACUAUAGUAUCAGUGUGCUCGGCUCCGCCGGUUCGGCCGUCGAUCCAGCCUCAAUCACUCCCGAUGCGAAAGGCAACUACCCUCCUAUCAAGCAUUACGGAGGAAUGCCUGACUCUUCCAACUUCGUCGGUGCAAUCAAUGGAUUGAUGUCUGGAGUCUUCGCGUAUGGUGGUGCUCAGAUCUUUGUUGAAAUCAUGGCCGAGAUGAAACGACCAUGGGACUUCAUCAAGGCCAUGUGGCUCGCACAGUUUUUCAUUUACUCUGUUUACCUGAUCUAUGGCUGUUACGUGUACCAUUUCCAGGGACAAUACUCAUACACCAUCUCAUACAUGGGUCUGAGUGUUUACGGGUUCCAAGCUGCUUGCGACAUGAUGGUUGUCAUUUCGGGUUUGAUUGCCGCUGGCUUGUACGGCAACAUCGGCAUCAAGGUGUUGUACAACCAGGUGCUCCAAGAGAUCUUCAAUGCACCACCCCUCACGUCAAAGUCUGGCAAAUGGCUCUUCGGCUCGAUCGUCCCUGUCUACUGGAGUAUUGCUUUUGUCGUCGCCGCAGCGAUUCCGGAUUACUUCGGCUUCGUCUCGGUCAUUGCGGCAUUUUGUAUUGUGCAGUUCAGCUACUCCUUUCCUCCAAUCAUUCACCUUGCCUAUACCAUGCAAAAGAAUGCGAUCCGGGGAGGUGAAGGCUUCGAUGAAACCACCGGCGAGACCAGACGAAAUGACCACGGUAUCAAGCGUUUGUUUCGAGGCUUUUUUGCCGACAAGUGGUACAUCAAUGUGUGGCAUAUCAUUCAUGCUGGCGGAGCACUUGCAACUGCUGGGCUUGGUGCAUAUGCAGCCGUCGAGGGAAUGAUCGAGGCUUUCAAGAUUCCACAAGUCAACGCUUUCACGUGCACCAGCCCUCUCAAUCUCAAUGCUUGAAAGCCGUCCUUCGCAACCUGGAUAGCGACCGAACUUUGCUGUCCAACUAUUUGGUAUCAUUUUUUGGAGGCUGAGUGCAGGAAGGGAUGUAAACGAAGGUGAAGAGGUCUGAUGUAAUGGAAAUGGAAUCACGGUCAAUAUUCUUGCUACUUUGCCUGGAGUAUGUGACAUGUACGGCCAAGCCUCCAAUAUGUAGUCUUGUACAAGAAGAGAAAAUUACAAUCACGCACCUAGAUCUUCUUCGAUCAGGGUCAUAAGAGUUGUGUAAAUAUUGA